AUGCCCAAAGUAUUCACCCGCGCCAUCGUCUCGUCCUCGGACCAGGCGAGUGCCACCCAGUCUUCGCGCGCAGUCCUGCGCUCAUACUACUGCCUGUGCGGAGACUUCCUCCUCGUGAUCCAGGGCAAGCUCGACCGGCUCCCGCGGAGAAAGACCGACGGGGCGUACAUUAUUCGCUCGCAGCCUGGGGCCAAGGCCCCCGCACGCAAGUUCAAGCUCAACGCGCAACCGGGUCAGCGGGUCACGGUCAAGCGCAAGGGGUCGGACAACUUGGAGAUCCGGCAGCCGUUUGUGUGUUCGAGGUGCAAGACGCCUGUCGCGUACCAGGUCCCACCGCCGCCAGCGGGCUCAGGACCGUUCGUUUACAUCAUCAAGGGGGCAAUGACCGAGCUGCAAGGAAGGGUCCCGCCCGACGCGUUCGAGGGUGAAGCAGAGCUUGAGAAGGAGGCGGCGGCCGAGGAGAAGAAGAAGAACGCAGCAGCGGCUGCAGACAAGAAGUGA